AAAAGACCCUACACAAGUUGAUUUCCCAUAGAUCUUCUUUACCCUUUUAAGUCGAACCAACAAUAAUGGAAGCUACUGUUAGCAGGAAGAUUUUAGCUGCAAGGAAAUCCAAACCCAGUUCUUCUUCUGUUCUUCAAAAAGGGAUUUGCAAGAAUUUACAACACUGCCCUCUUUAUGGGGUUCUUGACAAGGGCAUUUCAGUCAUUUCGUCCACCCCCUCCGAAAAUAUGCGGAUCUCAAGAUGGUCCUCCGAUAACAUCACCAAGAAUAAAGCUUCGUGAUGGAAGGCAUUUGUCAUAUAUGGAACACGGUGUCCCAAAAGAAACAGCCAAGUUUAAAAUAAUAUACAUCCAUGGUUUUGACAAUUGCAAAGAAAUUAAUAUUUUUGCCUUGGGAGCCUCUCCGGCUCUAAUUGAAGAGUUAGGGGUGUAUACUGUUUCAUUCGACCGACCUGGUUACGGAGAGAGUGAUCCGCACCCUGAGAGAACUUUAAAGAGUUUAGCUUUGGAUAUAGAGGAGCUCGCUGAUCAACUACAACUCGGAUCCAAAUUCUAUUUAGCUGGAUUAUCCAUGGGUGGAUUAUUGGUUUGGCCAUGUCUUAAGUACAUUCCUCACAGGCUAGCAGGAGUGGUUUUCAUUUCACCUGGAGUUAAUUACUGGUGGCCUUCAUUUCCUUCAAAGUUAUGUAAUGAAGUGUAUUAUGAAAUGUUUAAGCCUGAUCAAUGGGCUUUAAGAGUUGUUCACCACCUUCCAUGGCUGAACUACUGGUGGAAUACUCAACAAUGGUUUCCUAGCUCGUCUCUUAUUUCUAGGUCUCUUGAUAUGUUUUCUCCCCCUGACAUGGAAAUUGUGUCAAAGUUUCCUCCUCAACCAGAAGAGCAAAAGAUGCAGCCAAGAAAACAAGGAGAUUUCGAGUCUGUCCACCGUGAUUUAAUAGUUGGAAUGGGGAAAUGGGAAUUUGAUCCAAUGGAACUCGAGAAUCCAUUUCCAAAUAAUGAAGGAUCUGUUCACUUAUGGAUGGGUGAUCAAGAUCGAUUUGUACCUGUGAAACUACAACGUUAUAUUGCUAAGAAACUCCCAUGGAUUAACUACCAUGAGAUCACAGGUGGUGGCCAUUUGUUUUCCGCCAUUGAUGGAAUGACUGACACCAUUCUAACAACACUUCUAAAUGUGAAAGAUUAG